AGAGAUGGUGUUACAAAAAAAAAAAAAAAGAGAUGAGACAUAUUAGCUGCAUAUUCAAUCAAGGUAAAGUGGUUUCCAUCCAACUCUCUCUCGUUCGUCGGGGAGGAGACUAGAGAGAGAUGGGUCCUAUGAAUCCACCAGCUCCACAAAACAAUAGUCACAGCGUCAGAAUCUUCUGUGAGGGAACGGAACAGUACUCGUUCGUCAGCCACCUCUCUACUGCUUUGCACAGGGAAGGAAUCUCUUUUUCUGUGGACGCAUGCGAGUUUCCGGAGAUCAACUCCUUCUCCGGUGAUCAGAAUCAUGCGAUUUCUGUGGUGGUUACUUCCGAUGUAGUCAAGGUAAACGAUCCCUGGAGUCAUAAGUUCGUAGAGGUCAUCGAGCGUCCGAAAGACAAGUGCAUGCAAGUGAUGGUCCCAGUGUUCUACGAUGUUGAUCCGUUAACCCGUGUUUACGGGUGGGCCAAUAGAUGGCUGGAGGCUGGAUACAUCACAAUGCACCAAUCAAGGAUCUCAAGCAAUAAGAUACUCACCGACUCCGAACUAGUGGAAGACGUAGUCAAAGAUGUUUAUGGAAAGCUCCAUCGUACAGAACGAGUUGGAAUUUACUGGAAGAUAUUGGAGAUUGAAAACUUGCUUUACAAACAACCGUGGGACGUCCGAAGCAUAGGUAUUUGGGGUAUGCCUGGCAUAGGCAAGACGACACUUGCCAAGGCAGUCUUUAACCACAUGUCCUCUGAUUAUGAUGCUUCUUGUUUUAUCGAAAACUUUGAUGAAGCGUUUCAUAAAGAAGGACUUCACCGUUUGCUUGAAGUAAAAAUUGGUAAGCUUCUAACGGAAGUGUUUGACAUAAAGGGUUCUUACAUUAUGAGACCGACCCUCCAAAGGGACAAACUAUGCAAUAAAAGGAUUCUUGUUGUCCUAGAUGAUGUGCGUGAUUCUCUGGCUGGCGAGUCCUUCCUUAAUAGGCUUGAUUGGCUUGGUCCUGGAAGCCUGAUAAUCAUGACCUCGAUUGAUAGAAAAGUGUUUUCCUUUUGUGAUAUCAAUCAGAUAUAUGAGGUUCAUGGUUUAAACGAGCACGAGGCUCUCCAGUUAUUCUUCCAAAAAGCCUUUGAAAAAGACGUGCCAGAGCAAAUCGACAGAGAAAUAUCAAGGAAGGUUAUAGACUAUGCCAAUGGAAACCCUUUGGCCCUCAGCACUUAUGGACAAGAGCUUAAGGGAAAGAUGUCAGGAAUGGAGGAUGCAUUCCUCAAACUCAAGCAGCAUCCUCCUCAACAGAUUCAAGAUGUGGUGAAGAGUGUAUAUAGCCAACUUGGUGACAAUGAGAAAAACAUUUUCUUGGACAUUUCUUGUUUGUUCAGGGGAGAAAAUAUCAACUAUGUGAUCCAAAUGCUUGAAGGGUGCCGUUACUUUCCACGCAUUGGAAUAAAUAUUCUUGUGGAGAAAUGGCUGGUGACUAUUUCAGAAAAUACAGUGCAAGUGACUAAUCUGAUCCAAGACAUCUGCCAAGAAAUGCUCAAUGGAGAAACUGAGAGUUGCACCAGAAUGUGGGAACCUCGCAGAAUCAGAUAUCUACUAGAAGAUGAUGAUCUUAAAGCAAGUGCAGAAUCAAGUGCAACGCCUAAAUAUGGUUUGGUCAGUGAAGACAUAGAAAGCAUAUUUCUGGACACAUCGAACUCUAGUUAUGAUGUCAAACGUGAUGCCUUCAAGAAUAUGUUUAAUCUCAGAUUCCUAAAGAUACACAAUUCUUUCUCUGAAUAUGGUCAUGGACUUAACUUUCCUAAUGGACUUGAUUCUCUGCCUUGUGGACUAAGACUCCUCCACUGGGAGAACUACCCUUUGAAAUCUUUGCCUCAAGAUUUUGAGCUUGACAACCUUGUUGAACUUUGUAUGCCUUACAGUAAGCUCCAGACACUCGGAGCAGGAACCAAGUUCCUUGAGUUGUUGAAGAGGAUAAGGCUUUGUCACUCCAAAGAGCUAGUUGAAUUUGAUAUACUUUUAGUUGCUCAAAAUAUCGAGUUAAUUGAUCUCCAAGGUUGUACAAGACUGCAAAGUUUUCCUGACACGAGCGAACUGCAACAUCUCCGAGUUGUAAAUCUCUCAGGAUGCACAGAGAUCAAAAGUUUCCAAGGACUUCCACAAAACAUUGAGGAACUACAUCUUCAAGGAACUAGUAUAAGGGAGAUACCGAUAUCCACUGUGAGCCACUCCCCUCAAAAAAUUAAGCUUGACAGGAAAAAGCUUUUGAAUCUUCUAGAAAACUUUGAGGAUGUUGAGCAUAUUGACUUGGAGAGUGUAACAGAUCUAGUUAAAGUAAGUUCAUGUAACCGGUUUUGCAAGCUUGUCCAGUUGAACAUGAAAGAUUGUUCUCACAUUCGAAGUCUCCCUGACAUGGCCAAUAUAUUAGAAUCUCUCCAAGUUCUACAUCUCUCUGGUUGCUCAGAGCUCAUGGAAAUUAAGGGUUUACCAAGAAAUAUGAGGAAGUUAUAUAUUGGUGGAACCGCCGGCGGUUGCAAGAAAACAUAUCUACUGCAAGGGAAAAAAACAUCGCAAUUCCGUUGCAAAUUGUAAUUUGCAACGAAUUUG